GAUAUCCAUCCACAAAUGAUCAAUGGCAAUUGGCCAAACAAAUCGUACGAGCAUUUCCUCAAUUGAAAACCACAAGGAUCAAUGAAAAUGCCCCGGACGAGUCCGCAUUUUUCUGGUGGCAGAGCGGCAAUAAUAGUGGCGAUCAUUCCGGCUACAUUUAUCACCGAGUUCGAAAUAUUGCAAAGCGUGUGCCAAAAGAGCUGAAGAAAUACAAUCAUCCGACAAAAGUUACUAGUGAUGCAAUUCCCACAACACUAGUACAACGAGCUGUGACGCUAACAGCAGUAAUUGCGAAUCCAAGUAACAUUGCCGAAAUCGCAAAGGAGAUGAGCGACUGUUUCCCAUUCCACCAACUGCUGCUGAAGGAAAAAAAGUCAUUCGCUGAGAUACUUCAAACAUUUCCACAUUUCGCAUCAUUCAAUGGCAGACUGAUCGAUGAGGCAUUCUACAGGCUAUGCCCAGGAGUAUCCCAUCAACUUGAGUUUUCCCCGGUUUAGGGCAGAGCACUUUUACUAGCUUCGGAGAUGUUCCUGAACGUUGAAGAUGCACACGUAAGAGGCACAUUGAGGAUUUUUGCGACAUUGCAAAAGAAAGGAGUGAAGACUUUGUCAUCUAAUCAAGCUGGACCUAGUAGCCCGAUGCAGGCGGAAAGAAUCCUCGUUUCGCCGCUUCUUCGAUGGUCACAGGAUCUUGUCCAAGAUGAUGACAAUCAUCCCGGAGAUACGUACAUUGCAUGUGAGGCUGCUCUGUUCAAAUCUGGACCAUACCGCAUAAUUCACAAAGGAGUAGUUCUUGCGAAGAACAAUUCAUUCAUAGGCACACUGGAUUUGUUUUGGAAGAUUUUCCCGGUAUUUGGCGAAUCCGUGCCUAGCCGGCUGCAAAUGCUUUAUGAUGUGUUUACCAUACUGGUGUAUAAAACGGUGCGCCAGAGUAGCCGAAAGUCGGUGAAUAUUCUUUGCACAAACAUUCAACAGGCAAUCGAGGCUGAACGUACGACCCAAGGUUGGAACGGUCUCACCGCUUAUUCUCGUGGACAGGGCCUGCCAUAA